AGGCUGUAAACUCGCACGCAUACGCAAAUCAUUUGCACACAUUGAGUAAAUCUGUACAUUAUCUUUACACAGAGGUCGUUUCUGGACAAGAUGGAGAUUUCUGCUAUUAUCUACACACUCCUCCUGAUUGGAGUAUGUGACUGCGGCUCUCGCGGCGUCGAGACUUCUCAACCCAAAGAGCAAGUUGCCGCCAAGGACUCUAGGCUUGGCUGUACUCUCGACCUCUCCAGCCCCGAUAUCUCCAAGAUUAACAUUCGUGAACGUUUCAUCGGCGGAGCGGAGCACAAGAGCCAUACAGCAAGCGCAAACCACAGGAUCGCACUAAUUAUCGACUCUGGAACCAAGAUCUGGGAGGCUUCCGGAGAAGAAGAGUGCGAGUAUGCAACCACCUCCAUGAAUGGCGAUGUCAUUCUCCUGACUUUGGGACUUGCUGGUUGCUCCGAAAAGGCCAAGUUCUUUGAGAAGAUUGAUGGCUCGUGGAUUCAGAUUGAAGAACAGGCAUUCCUGGACAAGUCCAAGAAGAUUAGAGAGUCUAGACCCUCCGUAUCAGUCCAGGCUUCUCCCAAGGCUAAGAAGGAACGGGUUCAAGAGGGUGGACCAGAACCCGUAGAACAGGCGGAAAGUGGUGAACAAGCUAAUGCAGACGAAGCUCCCGAAUCCCAAGUAGACUUUGGAACAAAGGAGCCAUUCACAUUGGACAUUUCUGACCCUGAUAGGUCAAAGGUGAUUGUAAAGAAUAGCACUGAUAGGGGAGUUGACAAGAGGUCAUUUACUCCAAAGGUCGGUCAGUACAUCUCCGCCAUUGCUGAAGGAGGCUUUUCCAUCUGGAGUGCAUUUGGAGACGAAGAAUGCAAUUAUGUGACUCUCUCCUUCAAGGAUGAUGCUGCCCUUCUCGCCAUUGAUGUUCAAAGCGGUGGACAGUUUAUAUCAAAGGGCUUUGAGAAGAUCGGUAACGCAUGGAAGAGUAUUACACAGGAAGAGUUUCAGAGCAAGAUUAAUGCCCUGCUAGACUAUGAACCCGCCAGCGAAUCGCCAAUUCCAGAAAUUUACUACUAG